AUGUCAAAUCAAAGAUUUGUCUUCAUAGCUGGAUUGAUUGGUUUAAUCCUACAAUUAUCAUUGGGUCAAUUGCCAUGUCCUGUCGAAGAAGAUCCAGUACAAUUAGCUGAAUGUGCACAACUUGAUGUUCAAGCUAUCAUUCAAGCAGCUAAAGGAAAUUUAAAAUUAUUUUGUAAUUUAGCUGAAAGAUAUAUGGAAUGUUUUAAAACCAAAACUCGAAAUUGCAUUGGUGGAUGGGCAGCUGAAGGUGGUUUUACUGAAUUACAAAAUUUAGCUCAAUGGUGUUGUGUCAAUCCAGGUUCUCCCGAACCUGAUGAAUGUCCACUUCGUCGUAAUCCUAAAUGUUUUUCGGGUGAUGAUUUUGUUUCAAUGGCCAAUGGUGAAAAAAAACUUUUACGUGAACUUCGACCAGGUGAUCGUGUAUUGGUAAUGAAUUCACAAAAACAAAUUGAAGAAGAUGAUGUUAUUAUAAUGCUUGAUAGUCAACCUAAUCGGCCAGCUUUAUUCUAUUCAAUUGAAACUGAGACUGGUCAUCGUUUAAGUUUAACAGGAAAUCAUUUUAUUGCUGUUAAUCAUAAUGAUAAUUUUCUUCCUGCAAAUCAAAUAAAAGCAUAUGAUACAGUUUUUAUUCAUUCACAAGGUAAACUUCAAUCAGUAAAAGUUCGAAAUGUUAGUGAAGAAUAUAAAGUUGGAUAUUUUACACCAAUGACUAGUCAAGGAACAUUAAUUGUAAAUGAUAUGGCUGCUUCAUGUUAUUCAAGUGUCGUUAGUCAUAAUUUAGCACAUCAAAUGUUAGCACCACUUCGUUGGUGGUAUCGUUUUGCAAAACUUUUUGCUGUAGAACAACCAUUUGAAUAUGUACCUAAUGGAGGUAUACAUUGGUUACCAAAAGCAAUGUUACAAAUGACAGAAAAAUAUUUACCAAACGUAUUAACAACAGAAGUUUUUUAA